AUGGUGCAACUAUUGUAUAUCGUGUCUAGUUUACACGUUCUCUUAUGUCCUUUCACCAAAGUCGAGGAAAGCUUUAAUAUUCAAUCGUUUCACGAUAUUCUAUAUCAUCGCUUUAACCUAUCUGAGUACGACCACAAUGAGUUCCCGGGUGUCGUACCGCGAACGUUUAUCGGGUCACUCGUUAUUUCAGCAUUAUCGUCACCUGUUGUUGCGGUGUUACAUUUAUGUGUACGAUUAACUUUAGCGCUCACAGUGAUAGCAUCAUGGAGCCGCCUCAGAAAUACCCUUCAAAAGGUUUAUGGCGGCACAUUUGCUUGGUGGUUUACUAUUAUCACUGUAUCCCAAUACCACUUUAUGUUUUAUAUGAGCCGUCCAUUACCUAAUAUAAUGGCUCUACCACUAGUUUUACUAGCAUUCAAUGGAUGGUUAGCAGGGAAGCAAAAAGAAUUUAUCAUAUCAGCUGGUGCAGCUAUAGUAAUAUUUAGAUCAGAGCUUGCCUUGUUAUUUGGUUUACUUCUCAUUAUUGAUCUAUAUUUUAAGAAAUUUGAGUUUAUUGCGCUCAUAAAAGUGUUGAUUCCGGCAGGUAUCUGUUUAGUGCUUUUGACAGUACUCAUAGAUUCAAUGUUUUGGGGUAGAUUAAUUUGGCCUGAGGCCGAGGUAUUCUGGUUUAAUACAGUACUGAAUAAAAGCUCAGAAUGGGGUACUUCGCCAUUCCUAUGGUACUUUUAUUCAGCUCUACCACGAGGUCUCGGUCCAAGUAUCUUAUUGAUACCAGUGGGAGUAUAUAUGGAUAAACGAGUGGUACCCAUUGUAGCUGUGUCUCUUGUGUACAUAUUGUUGUUUUCAUUUCUGCCCCAUAAAGAACUUAGAUUUAUAAUAUACGUCUUUCCAUUGCUCAAUGUGUCUUCAGCGAUUACAUGUUCUUAUGUAUAUAUUAGACGGAGUAAAGCACCAGCGUUUGAGAUAAUGUUCUGGGUUUUAGUCGUAAUCAUUGUAUGUAAUCUAGUAUUUACGACGACUUUAGUCUUAGUAGCUAUGACCAAUUAUCCAGGAGGCGUCGCUAUGACUCGAUUUCAUAAGUUACUAAAAAACGAGCCUUAUGUACACGUGCACAUUAGCAAUUUAGCAGCUCAAACUGGCGUUACUAGGUUCACACAAAUUCACGAUCACUGGCAUUAUAGCAAAAACGAAUCCCUCGACACCAAUCAGCUGCAAGCCUAUACUCACCUUCUUGUAGAAGCAAAGAGUAAAUAUUCACCGAGCGUAAAAGCUUUUGCACAAACGCAUACAGUUCUGGAUAGUGUAGAAUCAUUUUCUCAUAUCACUAUGAAUUACAGACUUCUACCUCCGGUAAAAAUAAAAACGAAACAGUCAAUAUUUAUAUUAGAAAGGAAAAACUUUAGAGAGGUACCUUAUUCAUAUGUAGGUGUAAGUGAAAGUUCCUCUCAAGAAAUAUUAAACGAAGUAGAAUCAGAAGAAGUACAAAUAAAUGUAGUCACUUAUGACAAUAAUAUUGAUAAGUCGGAGGAGGAUCUAAGUUUAAAAGACAAUAUUUUAGAAACAACGAAUGAUAAUCCUACUGAAAAUGUAUCUCAGGAAAGCAGCGUCACUUACGUAGAUGAUGAGGAAACCGAGGCAUUUCGAAGGGAAAUAGAGGAAUCCAUAUCGCAAAUAGAACCCGAAAAGGACAUAGUUGCACCAAAAGUACUUAAUCGAACCGAACGCAAACGAAAGGCCAUUGAGAAGAUAAAAUCGGAAACACGAAAGGAAGUCGUGGCUUCCGCAAAAGAAAAAUUAAAGGAAAUAAUGAGACGUCAUAAACAUGUCGCUAAGGAGUUAUCUGAGAACGAUGUAACAAUAAAGGAAAUCGAAGUUGAUAGUCGCGGUGAUAUUCCAGAAACUGUAGAACCUAACAUUUUAAAAGAACCUGAUUCUAUGCCCGCGCCAAUCAUUCCAGUUAUUAUGGACGAUAUUUCAGAAGUAACUGCAGAUGAAAACAUUAACAAAAUUGAUGAAAACCAAACGGGUGAUAUUCAGAAAGAAAAUGAUAUAAAAAGUAGAACGGACGAAAAUAUUGAUUCUAUCGUUGAAGAAGUUAUAGCGAGAUUGAUAGAUAGAAAGAUUUAUGAUGACAAAACGAAACCAGAAGAUAUAAAGAUGGAAGACAGAAAGGUUAUCCAAAAGAUCGUUGAGGAGAUUCUCUCUGAAAGAGUGAAUUACAAAUCUGAUAACAAUACUAGAUGA